AUGUUCUCCUGGCCGAUUCCGGCUACGGCGGCCAAUCUCAUUGAAACUAGCCAACUGUGCAGGAGAUAUUAUAGUGCACAAGUGUACGCGCAGACACAACGUGCACUCUCUAUUCCUGUCACUCUCGUACAUCGGUGGGACGACCACUCGUCACGACCAGUGAGAGUUAAGGCGCAGGACCGACGGCUUUACGUGCUCUCCGAGGCACAGGGGUGCACCGCCAACUUCCCAACUGCGGGCUGUUACUGUGCCUUACUUUACAGAAAAAGUCAA